AUGAAAGAUGAGAAUUAUCAAAAGGGAAGGAGAAAUGAAAGAGAAACGGGAGAAGAGAAAAGUCCGUUUUCUUCUUCUUCCAUUUUCUUCUAUGUUUCUUAUUUUUCUUCUUCUUUUCUUCUUCUUCUUCUUCCGUUUUCUUCUUCUUCCGUUUUCUUCUUCCGUUUUCUUCAUCUUUUCUUCUUCUUCCGUCUUCUUCUUCUUCUUCUUCUUCUUCUUCUUCUUCCGUUUUCUUCUUCUUCCAUUUUCUUCUUUUUCUUCCAUUUUCUUCUAUGUUUCUUAUUUUUCUUCUUCUUUUCUUCUUCUUCUUCCGUUUUCUUCUUCUUCCGUUUUCUUCUUCUUCUUUUCUUCUUCUUUUCUUCUUCUUCCGUUUUCUUCUUCUAUUUUCUUCUUCUUCUUCUUUUCUUCUUCUUUUUCUUCUUCUUUUUUUCUUCUUCUUCUUUUCUUCUUCUUUUUUCUUCUUCGUUUUCUUUUAAUUUUCUUCUUUUUCUUCUUUUUUUCUUUUCGUUUUUUCUUCUUCCGUUUUCUUCUUCUUCUUUAAUUUUUCUUCUUUUUUCUUCUUUUUCUUUUUCUUUUCUUCUUCCGUUUUCUUCUUCUUCCGUUUUCUUCUUCUCCGCUUCUUCUUCUUCUUCUUUCGCCUUCUUCUUUCAUUUUCUUCUUCUUCUUCUUCUUCCGUUUUUUUCUUCUUCCAUUUUCUUCUUCUUCUUCUUCCGUUUUCUUUCAUUUUCUUCUUCUUUUCUUCUUUUUCUUCUUCCGUUUUCAUCCAUUUUUCUUCUUCUUCUUUCUUCUUCUUCCAUUUUCUUCUCCUCUUCUUCUUCUUCUUCCGUCUUCUUCUUUCAUUUUCUUCUUCUUCCGUUUUCUUUUUCUUCCAUUUUCUUCUUCUUCUUCUUCCGUUUUCUUCCAUUUUCUUCUUCUUCUUCCGUUUUCUUUCAUUUACUUCUUUUUCUUCUUCCGUUUUCAUCCAUUUUUUUCUUCUUCUUCUUCUUCUUUCUUCUUCUUCCGUUUUCUUCUUCUUUCAUUUUCUUCUUCUUGACUAGCUGUCUAUCUCAUUUUGUUCACUAUCUAUCUAUCUAUCUAUCUAUCUAUUUCAAUCUGUUCAAUAUCUAUCUAUCUGUCUAUCUAUCGAUCUAUCUAUCUAAAGAUAGCUAG